GCGUCAUUGGCAAUGUGGCGCUCGCUCUUACUGCUCUAACAAAUAACGCCGUCUCGUUUUAUCAUCGUUCAAUUCAGGAUUGCCCGUAGUUUUAUUUAGGUUGCCUCAUAUUUGGAAAAUACUUUAAGAUGUCGACUAAGGGUUACAGCCGAGCUAUCAUAGCAGCAGGGAUCAUGGGCGUGCUGGUGUCUACCUACGCCCUCUAUGUAGAGAUGGCAGCCGAGGCCCGGCCUGGGUACAAAGCCAUGUGUGACUUCUCGGAGUAUGCCAGCUGUUCCAGAGUCUUGACUUCAGAGUAUUCCAAGGGAUUUGGGAUCAUUCCAAAAGAGUCUGCGUUGGAAGUACCGAAUUGCAUUUACGGAAUAAUGUUCUAUUGUCUGAUGAUAUUCUUAGGUACUUACGAUCAUGUAGGAGUGGCCCGGUUGCAACUUCUAUUGGCUUUCGCAUCGUGUUUAUCGAGUGUGUACUUGGCGUAUCUGCUUGCCUUUGUCCUCCACGAUUUCUGCAUCGUUUGUGUGUCGACUUAUUUUAUCAAUGCCAUGUUGUUCUCAUUUGUUUACAAGAAAAACAAAUUUCUAACUGUUAAAAAUAAGUAAACAAAGAUGCAUUAAACUUAAAAUUGUAAAAUAAUAAUAUAAAAUUGCAUUUAUGAAUAAAUUGGUGUCUUAAAGCGGUACUCAUUUUUAUAUAUUUUUUACGGUAGCUAAAACGGGUUAAAAAAAUUUUCUGAAUUUAUCUACCUCCUACACUUAUGCUAGUUUUAUAGAUUUUUAUGUCACAAAAAUUAUGGCGCGCGCGGGUGAUUUUUGUCACUCUGGCAGUAGGUAUGUCUCUAUUUUUAUCUUUAAAAAUGUUUAAAAGAAACAGUUAAUAAUUUAUUAUACUAUGUAUCACGGAUAACACAGAAUACUGCCUUGGCGACAAAAAAGUCACCCGUGCGCACGCGCCUUUAUUUACGAACUCAUGGGGUAUAUUUUUUUAAGUUUAUAUGAUUGAAAUUAUUAAAUCUAUCUUUGUUAAAUAAAUAUUUUGUUGUUGGUGC